UUAUAAAGAUUUAAGGUUUGCAAAGUAUGUAUUAUUUCAUUUGCUACUCAAAACAGCCUUUUGAAGUAGUUUUCAUUAUCAUCCCCAUUUUACAGAUGAGGAAACCUACCACUAUGUGAAAGUGAUUGUUGACUAACUUGCUGAGAUUCAGUCAGCUAAUAAGUGUCUGGGGCAGGAUAUAAACUCGGGUUUUCUUAAAUCCAGGUUUAGUAUCCUAGAUGUUCUCUGCUGCUUGUGAGAUUUUGGAUGAAUCACUUGUUCUCUCUAGAAUUCACCUUCCUCAUCUGUCAAAUGAAAAGAUUGGACAGAAUGAUUUCUAAAAUUCCCUUCUGGCUUCAGAGCCUGUGAUCUUAAGUAAGAUACUUGACUUGUACCACUGUUUUUGAGGUCAGAGGAGCAGAAUUCACAUCUUGCCUCUAAUAUGUCAUCACAGACAAUUUGUGCUUGGCCCUGAAUGUCAGUAUACCUCUUCCCUAAAAUGAGGGAGGAGAGUUGGAAUAGUUUCUGAAUUCCCUUUCUAUUUUGUAUCUAUGGCACUUUCAAAACUUUCUGAGACUUUUUUCUCAUUUUCUAGAAAUGUACUUCACUGGAUGCCUUACGAGCUUAUUGUUAAGGAAGGAUGAGACUUUGUGUAUGGAUGUAUGUGUGUAUGUAUGUAUAUGUUGCACAUAGAGGGGGAAGUCUAGUUUUCAUUAUAUUCACCUCCUGAUUGGACAGCAAUUCCUGGAUCUUUCCACAAUUACUUGUUCUUCAUUCCCCCAUUUUCCCCUUUCUGGGCCCUUUUUGACCUGUAGCUGUAAGUUUUAUGUUAUAUAAGGUAGGGGAGCAUGAAGGAGGCAGUAAUGAACCAAAAUGGUAAAGUCUUUCCUGCUCUGGAGUCACCAAUCCCCAAAUGCCUAAAAUGUCCUCUUACUUUUGGUAACACAUCCCUAAUUUAUCUCCCCUUGUCUCUUUCAUCCCCAGUCCCUGGCGUUGGAAUGGGAAUAAACUUUCUCGGCUAAGUUAUAUGGACAGUCUCCAUUAACCUGUUGGUCUGUCCCCCUCCUCAUUCUCCCCUGGCUCCCCUCAGCCCUGGGAGGAGUGUUUAUCUCAGGAGAAGUCUGGGGAGGGGGGAGACCAGGGGGAAAGGGUUUGUAAGGUUGCACAUCCAUCAGGCGGGGAUGGUCCCCCCAGGAAAGAAGCCGGCUGGAGAGACUUCCAACUCGAACAAAAAAUGCAAGCGCUAUUUCAACGAGCAUUGGAAGGAAGAGUUCACUUGGCUGGAGUUUGACUAUGAGCGAAAGUUGAUGUUUUGCUUGGAAUGUAGGCAAGCCCUUGUCCGGAACAAACAUGGGAAGGCCGAGAACGCCUUCACGGUGGGCACCGACAAUUUUCAGCGUCACGCUUUGUUGCGCCAUGUGACUUCUGGGGCUCACUGCCAGGCCCUAGCUGUCAAUCGGGAGCAGCUGGCAUUUGAAGCUCGGGCAGGGGGAAGAGGAAGCUAUGGGUAUCACCAAAAUCUGCCCAUGAAUUCAGUAGGUAUGGCCAACACCACCUCCAUGGCGCCCAUCAAGAUGGAAGUGAACCCUGCCAAGGUGGCAGUGUUGACCACCGUAUAUUGCAUGGCUAAGGAAGAUGUGCCAGAUGACCGCUGCCCUGCUCUGCUGGAGCUACAGAGAUUCAACCUCUGCCAGGCCCUCUUGGGCACUGAGCAUGGUGAUUACUACACCCUGGGCAGUGUGAAGGACAUGCAGGCAGCCAUUGCCAGGGCUCUGCACUCUGAAGACUACCAGCGGCUGAAGGCGUCCCCCUUUGUGGGACUGGUGCUGGACGAGGUUGGGGAUGGUCCAGAGCCUCAUAGUCUGGCCCUGUUUGCCACCCUGGUGUCCCCCUGUGACGGCCAGCCUGCCAGCACCUUCCUGGGAAGUGUGGAGCUAGGGGGAGGGGAGACCACUCCCGGCCAGCUUCUGGACCUUCUCAAGUCCUUUGGUGUUCCCGCACCCAAGCUGGCCUGGCUUGGCUCAGGACUGCCAAGUGAGCGUCUAGGGGACCUGGGUCUACACCUCCGGGUCACCUGCCCACUGCUGGCUGAGCUCCACUGUCUUCCCAGCCGGGGCCACCCAGAAGCCCCUAGCUACGUCAGCGAGUAUGAGAGUGUCCUGGAUGCUCUGUUUCGACUCUAUGGCAGCUCUGGGGCCCACGGGAUCCCAGAGCUUCGGGCGGCACUGGACCUUGCAGCCAUCAAUCUGACGGGGCCCCAGCGGGUGCCCUGGGCAUCCAUCUUGCCGGCUGUUGAAGCUGUGGCUGCCUCUUGGUCCCACCUGGUGCCCAAGCUGGAGGCCACUUCCCCCCCUUCCCCACUCACACAGGCGCUGGCCCUUGCCCUCCGGAGGUUCACCUUCAUUGCCUUCACCUACCUGCUCCUGGACACUCUGCCCACUCUGCAGAAGCUCAGUCUCCUCCUUCAGCCCGAGGAGCCCGACUUGGCCCUGCUCCCACCCUUGGUCAUCACCACUGCCGCCUCCCUGCAGGCCCAGAGAGGCUCAGACGGACCCCACUUUCAAAGCUUCCUGCAGGCGCUGGACAACCCCGGCCCAGCUGGUGAUGGGAGCAGUGGCCACUACUGCUAUCAGGGGGUGGAACUGACAGACUGCUCCCCAGCAACCAUCCAGAGCUUUGAGGAUCUCCGGGGGGCCUUCCUGGACUCUCUGAGGCGGGGGCUGUGGGACUCCUUCCCAGGGCCCUCUCUGGACAUUGUGGCUGCGUUUGCUUCCAUCUUUGACUCUCGCCGCUACCCACAGUCUCUAGAAGAGCUGGGAGCGCAUGGGGAAGGCGCUCUUCGGUUACUGCUCCAGGCCUAUGCCCCUGUCGUGGUUGGCGAGCGGGCACUGAGUGACUUCCCGCUCUUUAAACGCAUUGUCUUCAGUCUGGGCCCUCUGGGCCCUCGAGACCUCUGCUGCAAGCUAGUCUGUGCCCACUCAGAGCUGCAUGAGCUCUUUCCUGAUUUUGCCAUCCUGGCUUCGUUGGUCUUGGUCCUACCCGCUGGUGCCAGCCUUCUCGACAAGGUGGCCAGGAGCCGGGAACUGCGGUGGUGGGACCAGGGAAAGGGAGACGGGGGCGAUGUCCAGGGGAGCCAUGUGGUGAAGAUCGCAGUGGAUGGCCCCCCACUCCACGAGUUCGACUUUGCCUUGGCCAUUGAAUUGUUUGAGAGUGGAGGGGGUGGGGUAGAAUUUUUUGGCACACAGAUCAAAUGAGGAGGUCCCCUUUCCAUCUCUUAUUUGGGGUUUCUCUUGUGUAACUUUGGAUUCCUAGAAGGGAGUUUAACCCCUCUCCCUGGCUUGGAUGGAUACCUUUGUCCCAUGUUCCUUCCUGUUGUUUUUUGUCACCUUGUGUGCCCUGAUACUAAUUGGUUCUUGCCCAGGAUGUAGAGUGGGGAGGGCUGGGGAGAGGCUCCGCAGUUUGGGUUCAGCCUGAAUAAGGAGCUGGGAGGUGGAAAGUUAGGGAGGAUGGGAAGGGACUAAACUCAUUCAUUGGGUUCGAGUCCUUUCCAAAGCUUUGUGUUAAACACUUGGGCAUUUUUGUCUCCCGAUCCCCUGAUAAAAAAUUUUCAUGGAUGUUGUAAACAUUAACAAUUGGAAGUGGGAAAAGAACUUUGGGAUUCUGCCAGGGUAUGGGAGAGAAGAUGAUCCUGUCUGUCUAGCUCUGGGCCCUGCUUUUGUCACCUUCUGGGAUCCAAGGAGCUCAGGACAUCAUGGCAAGAGGAAGGAACGUGGGAUUGGGAAUGGGGAGACCUGAAUUGGAGUUCUAUCUCUGUCUUUAACAAUACUUUGCACAAGACACAGCCUCUCUCUGAAUCUUCCUUUCUCUAAAAUGAGGGAGUUGGAUUAGGUGAUUUCUAAGGUCACUCCCAGCUCUGAUAGUUUGUUUGUCCUUAUUAUAGCACAAUACCUUCAGUGUUAGUCGGAAGUGGGGGCCCCUAUCUUCACCACCCCUUCCACCCUGCAAGCCAAGAUGUCCAAAGGCAUCUGUGUACAGAAAGGUGUACAUAGACAUAUAAAUAUAUACACAGAUAUAUUUAAUAAAUCUCUUAUCUUUUAUAGAAUUAGAGACAAUGCUUGCAAAGAUGAUUUUGGUUUCUGUUUUGGUUUUUGCUAUGAUAGGACCUAAGAAAGUUCCAAGUAGAAUAAAUUCCUAUCUAUUUUCUUCCUCCUCUUAUAUUAAAGUUUGGUUUUCAUCCAAGCUCCCUUCUUAUCUCCCCUACAGCCCCUUGAGACCAAAGAGAGUGCAAAAUCACAGUUCCUGCUUUUAAUUCAAUCUCACCCAAGUAAAUAUGAUAUAUAUAUAUAUGUAUAUUUUAUUUCCUUUUCUUACACUCCUUCCCCAUUCCAAUUCUCCUUCACACACAUAUCCAUUCCUAUAGAGCAGGUGAUGGGAUGUAGGAACAUCCUCUCCAUGGAUUGCUUGAAUACCCCCUCACCGUGGCUACUGCUGCUGUUUCCUCCAUCCCCCUCCAAAAAGAGAAAGACCACUGGAGCAGACUAUCUCAAACCCCAUCUGAUGGGGUAGUAGUUGGUGAGGAAGCCAGACAGGUUGUAAACUGUCAUGUCAGUGAGUAUCAUGAUUCUCCCCUGCUUCCUCCUGCGGGCUAAGAGAUGGGGUGGGUGGCUGAGUGGGUAUGGGAGCGAAUAACAAUCUUCCCCAUCUUUAACCUUCCAUGGAGUCCAGCACCUUAGAACACAAUAAAAUAGAAUCAUCCUAACUCCUGACUCCCGUCCUGCAAUCUCUGUUGUGUGUGUGUGUGAGGGGGGAAGUGUUGGACGGAGCUAGAUGGGCUAUCUCCUCUCUCUCAUAAGGCUCUGUCUCUCAUCUGGGGAUGCUAGACCUGCUGCCUCCAAGAGCCCCUUCUCAUUGCCCCAAGAUUCUUUUUCAGAGAUGAUCUUCUGGGGGGACUAGUCCCCCCCAUCAAUCCAAAGAGACAGGUUUCUGUGGUUAAGGGGAAAUCUCCACAGCUGAAGAUAUCCCUCCAGGCUCCUUCCAUAUCCUUCCCCUGUACUCUUCAGGGCCCCAGGAAUAGGAUCUCCCAUCUUCCUCUGUCCAUCCUUCCUCUAGCCACCUUCUUUGUGUGUUUUACCUCUCUGUGUGAGUGAAAGGCCCUGAUGCUUAAAUCAUUUUGCUUCAAAGACUUCCUUCCAUCAUGGGCUUGGAAAUGGGGCAGGCCUAUUUCCCUACUUACAAGAAAAUGAUCCAUUCCUCUGGGUAGUUGUUGUGGGCAGAGGAGGCUUGGAGUUUCCCCUAGGCCCUCUUGUAAAGGAGGGAAGACUUACAACCCAGCUGGUGAACCUUUUGUCCACUAUUUGGCUGUUGUAAACAGGUUUAAAGAAUCUGCUUGGGAGGAGAUUGCUAAAGAGCCCAAAGGAGUUGGGAUUUUUCAAACUAAAGAUGGGGAGCUGAGAGCUAUUUGCUGAAGCCUCUGUUAGGAACCUGGAAGAGGUCUGAAAAGCUCUCAGGCAGAGGGGGGUAAAUAGUAGCUUCAUCCCAUGAAGGAAAGGAAGAAGAAAUGUCCUUGUCAGAGAAUGAGAUGAAGGGGAGGAUGCACAUUCUGUGAAGACUUUCUUUUUGUCUUUGUGUCUUCAGGAACUAUCAUAUAAUAUAUAUCUAAUUUUUAUGGAAUUGUGUUGGUUAGACUAUAAGAAGAAAGGGAGAUUGAAUUUAAAUUACUAAAUUGAAGAAUACUGGAAUAGGAGAGUGAAGAAAGCCCGAGAAGGGAGUGAUUCAAUUCUUUGGAAGAUCCUUUUAAGAUGAUCCCCUGGAAUAGGGAGAAAAAUACUCUCUGAUUAAAGGAUGGGUGUAAUGCCUUUUACACACACACACACACACAUACACACACACAUACACACACACCAUCCUUUAAAAGAUAUACUGCCACUGAUUUAACUCAACCCUAACUUGAUACCCUUCAUUCCCUAUCCCAUCUCCCUGAGUCUAUUGUGGAUAUCACCUUCUCACUGCUGGGUUAGGUGGCAGUGGAGUGUUGUGGGGGGAAGUAGAGUGACCCUGCCUCUCCUUUCUCACCUUCGAAAAGGUGCCAGCAAGUGAAAGAUGGAUAAAUUGAGUAUGUGCUUCUUAUGAUAAACAGAAGGUGAUUUAAUUCACUUUUUUUUCUUUUCUUUUUACUGAGCAA